UACAGCCAAAUCAAUCAAAAGUUCAUGAGUUUUUUCAUCAUUAUCAACCAAUUUAGUGUUAGCAAAUGAUCUCUUAAUCAAAGUCAUAUCUUAUCUAGAGAAGGGCCGGACCGGUAGUGGACUUUUCCCUUAUCGUCGCUAGCGGAUCACUGGCCCAUACAUCCCGUCCCGUCUUCCCCUCUCUCCAUUAUUAUACGGAGUAUUUAUUAUUAUUAAUUUAUUACACACGCAAAAUCUGCCCCGGGGAAAAAUGAAUCAUGUUAAUGAAAAAGAAAAAGAAAUCCUAAUCGGCGAUCACAACAACGUAAACGAAACCUAAAAGACCUCGUCGGCCGCCCCACUUUCGGCAACGGAUCGUUGACCUCACGCGCCCCAGCGACCUCUCCGAUUAAACUCGACAAUGUCGUCAUCACCGUACCGCUUUGCCUCCUACACAUGCGGCUCACGCGCUUCAACCCUUCAUCGCCAACCGGCGAUACCCUCUAUCACAUCACGGAUGCCCUUCUUUUCUUCCUCGCCGUCAUUUCCCUCUGCCCUUCUCUCUUCUCAUUUCGAUUUCCGGGCCAUCUCCUUCCCUCCGUUUCCGGCUCCGAUCCACCAUGGAUUCGUCUUCCCGCCCUUUGCCUUUCAGGGAAGAUUGCUGGAGCGAGGAGGCCACGUCCACGCUCGUUGACGCCUGGGGUCGCCGCUAUUUGGAGCUCAACCGGGGGAAUCUCCGGCAUAAGGACUGGCAAGAGGUCGCCGAUGCCGUCAAUUCCCUCCACGGUCACACCAAGAAGACUCACCGCACCGAUGUCCAGUGUAAGAACCGGAUUGAUACUCUCAAGAAGAAAUACAAGACGGAGAAGGCCAAGAUCGCCGAGUCCAACGGAACCCUAACCUCCUCGUGGCCCUUCUUCUCCCGCCUGGAUUCGCUCAUCGGGAACUCCGGAAAGAAUCAGCUCGCCAAAGGUUCGCCGAUGUUGGUAAGUCCGCCGCCCUUGCCGCUUCCGCUAACGCCGUACUCAGCUCUACCCUUGCCGUUUCCAUCACCGCCGAUGGGAGUGCCUCUUCCCUUCAGGAAAACGCCUCCGGCGGUGGCACAUCCGGCGGUCCUUCCCCAGAAGCGCCCCGCUCCUGCCUUUGACGACUCGUAUUUCAAGAAGAAUUACUCAGCAGUAGCUGCCGCGGCAGCCGCAGCGGCUGCAACUGAGGAGGAAGAGGUGGAUGAAGAAGAGGAGGAUGAGGAGGAUGAGCGGGGGGAAUCUGAGGAGGAGAUUGAAACUAGUGAUGGGAUUACUGAGGAUGAGGGAAUCAGGAAGCUGGCGAAGGCGAUUAAGAGGUUUGGGGAAAUAUAUGAGAGGGUUGAAGGAAUGAAGCAAAGGCAAAUGGUCGAGUUGGAGAAGCAGAGGAUGCAGUUUGCAAAGGAUUUGGAGGUUCAGAGGAUGCAACUAUACAUGGACACUCAAGUCCAGCUCGAGAAGAUUAAGCAAUCCAAGCGUUCUGGAUCAGCAGAUGAUUUGUAUAGCUAGCUAGUCUACCGGGGGUAGCAGGGUCACACUUGGAGCAGAAAUAGGGCGAAGAAACUACGAGUUUGUUUAAGUAUUGGUGCUGCCAUUUGGCCCAAAUGAUUUUUAACUGCUAUAACUUUUUUUGUAUUACUAGUAUUAGAUUCACUUAUUCCUGUUUCACUUUCAGGGUUUCAGUUUCAGCAAAAAGUGUUGUCUUAUUUAGACUAUGGCUAAUUAUUC